AUGUCGGAUAUUUGUAAGCUGAAAAGACACGUUUUAUUGCGAAGAUUGUCAUCGGAGCAAAAAAUAUUGGAAUAUGGUGCAAUUUUUGGACCUGCUCGAUGCGCUUUACUGCCUCAGAACAACGGUAAAGCAGAAACGUUAGAAAAACUCAAUUGGUGGUUCGAGCGUUUAGCCGACAAAAUGCCAAGCGACGACACGAAGCGACGCUCGCGUCUUGUGGACGAAAAUGACGAAGAAACGGUUGAAUUUACCACGUCGAAAGAUAUUACCAUUUUUUCUACAUUUGAGGCCAUGGGACUCAAGGAAGACUUAUUACGUGGCAUUUACUCAUAUGGUUUUGAAAAGCCUUCAGCUAUCCAGCAACGUGCUAUUAAACCGGCUAUACAAGGUCGUGAUUUAAUUGCUCAAUCUCAGUCAGGAACGGGUAAAACGGCAGUAUUUUCCAUUUCGAUCCUCCAAUCUCUUGAUACUUCCAGCAAUGAAACACAAGCUUUAGUGAUUUCACCAACUCGUGAACUGGCUGAGCAGACCCAAAAGGUUGUGCUUGCUCUUGGAGACUUUAUGAAUGUCCAGUGUCAUGCCUGCAUCGGUGGCAAAAGUGUCGGUGAAGAUAUUCGUCGACUGGACUUUGGUGUGCAGGUAGUGUCGGGCACACCCGGUCGAAUUUUUGAUAUGAUUCGUCGUCGUAACUUGCGUACACGUAACAUCAAGAUGCUUGUGAUCGAUGAAGCCGAUGAGAUGCUGAACAAGGGCUUUAAAGAGCAGAUCUAUGAUAUCUACCGCUAUUUGCCACCAUCGACGCAGGUGCUGUUAGUGUCGGCUACCAUGCCGCAGGAAGUGCUCGACUUGACGCGCAAGUUUAUGAACGAACCUGUUAAAGUCUUGGUGAAGCGUGAUGAGCUGACGUUGGAAGGCAUUAAGCAGUUUUUUGUAGCAGUUGAAAAGGAGGAGUGGAAAUUUGACACGUUGUGUGAUUUGUACGACACGCUAACUAUCACGCAAGCUGUGAUUUUCUGUAACACGAAACGAAAGGUAGACUGGCUCACGUCCAAGAUGCGCGAGGCCAAUUUUACAGUGUCAGCGAUGCAUGGAGACAUGCCACAAAAAGAGCGUGACGCAAUCAUGCAAGAGUUCCGGUCAGGUGGCUCUCGUGUGCUUAUUACCACAGACGUUUGGGGGCGCGGUCUUGACGUGCAACAGGUGUCGCUUGUUAUCUGCUACGACUUGCCUAACAACCGCGAGCUAUACAUUCACCGCAUCGGUCGCUCCGGCCGUUUCGGACGCAAAGGUGUUGCUAUUAACUUUGUGAAGGAUGACGACAUUCGCAUUCUGCGAGACAUCGAACAGUACUAUAGUACGCAAAUCGACGAGAUGCCCAUGAACGUGGCAGAUCUCAUUUAG